CGUUUGACGAUGGCACCAAAGAGACCUCGAGAACCUCCUUGAUGACAAGACAGACCAUCGGGAACGGGAGGAGAAGAUCAAGGGGCGAGGAGAAUGAAAUUCGUUUGAAAAGAUAUACGCGUGGAUUCAAAAGAAAAAUGUUCAACGUUCUGCUUCGGUUCUGGCCUCAAUGGUUCGCCACUAUAAUAGUGACUCUAUUGAACAUCAGCAUUGGUCUCGCGUUGGGUUGGACAUCGCCUUAUUUGGCGCAAUUGACUGACGAGAACGCGCCCUUUCGUGUGACGGAAGAAGAAGCAGCCUGGAUAGCCUCUCUAUUGCCACUUGGACGUCUCUUGGGCGCUAUCAUCGGCUCCUUCUUGGUAGAAAUUUUCGACAGUAAGAUGUCUGUUUUGUUAACGGGAUUACCGCUGAUUUUCAGCUGGAUCUGCACGAUAUGUAGCACCUCCGCUACGUGGCUGUAUAUCUUCAGAAUAUUUUCAGGUAUGUCAAUGGGAAUGGUGUUUACUUGUUAUCCGCUUUACAUCGGUGAAAUUUCGGCGCCAUCGAUUCGUGGCGCCUUGGUGUGUCUGAUUAUCAAUGGAUUCCCCAUGGGCUCGCUCUUGGGUACUAUAAUGGGUCCCAAUAUGUCGAUGAUGUAUUUCGGUAUUAUUAGCUUGAUACUGACACUAUGUUACAUGAGUAUUUUUCCAUUCCUGCCGCAAUCCCCGCAUUACUAUGUACGACGAAAUGAUACCGAGAGAGCAAAACGAGCCAUCCAAUGGUAUCAACAAAAAUCCGAUGUGAGAAGUGAUAUAGAGGACGUAGAACAUUUUGUGAAAUCGACAUGCGCGAUGAGCAGGGCGGAACAAUGGCAGCAAAUAAAGGAACCAAAAAAUCGCCGCUCUCUCGUGAUGAUAGUACUAUUGUUUAUGUUUAUGCAACUUAGUGGACUAAACACCAUUAUAUUUUACACGGAGAUUAUUGUCAGAAAGGCAAAGGUCACGUUGAUCGCGCCUUCGUCUAUAGUAAUCAUCGUCAAUGCAGUCUGUAUAAUCUUCGGUUGGAUCGGCGCAUUCGUCAUCGAUCGUUGCGGUCGUAGGAUCCUACUAGCAAUCUCAUCUCUCGGCGUGUUCAUCAGCAUGCUGCUGUUAGGUUUCCACUUUUUACUACUGGAAUACGAUUAUGAUCCCGGUGAUAUAGAAUGGGUGAUCAUUUUGUCGUUGACACUGAUAUUCCCAUUGAUGUCUUUUGGACUCACACCGGUGCCCAGCGCGAUGCUGAGCGAAAUAUUUCCAUCCAGUCUGAAAAGCACGGCUGGAUUCGUCAGUGGUGUCACAGGGGCCUUAUUCGCAUUUGUCGCCUCGAGAACCUACCAACCGCUAAUCGACCUUAUCGGCGAGAAAUAUGUCUUUUGGAUUUACGCCGCCAUCAUUGCGAUCAGUUUAGUCUAUUCACUUACCGUAGUGCCAGAAACGAAAGGAAAAACGCUACAGGAAAUUCAGGACAUGAUGGCCGCAGGAAAAACUACUAAAAAAUCAUCACAAAAGACUCACGUCGAAGAUAUUCAAAAGUACAUGAUGGAUCAUAAAACAGAAAAGAAGAUAAUAAAAAGAGUGAUAUGGCCUCAAUGGGUUGCCGGUAUCGGAGUCAAUCUUCUACAAUUACAAAUGGGACUGAUAGCGGUUUGGAGCUCGCCGUAUAUCGCCUAUCUGACUUCAUCCGAAUCUCACAUCCCUAUAACAAUGGACGAGGCUUCCUGGGUAGUUUCUCUGUUGAACCUAGGCAGGCUAAUUGGCGCCAUUUCUGGUUCCGUUGCCGUCAACUAUCUCGGCACUAAAACAACGAUCCUCGUGACCAGUUUGCCAAUAACUCUCUGCUGGCUCUUUAUGAUUGUGGCUAAUCGGGUGGAAUGGCUGUACGCAGCUAGAUUACUAGCUGGCAUCAGUCUGGGAAAGAUGUACAGCUGCUUCUCGCUUUACCUAGGCGAAAUCGCAGAUCCUGCUAUUCGCGGAGCUCUAGUUGUUUUAGGUGUAAGCGGUUUAUCGAUAGGCAAUCUAAUAAUGAGUAUCAUGGGCGCGUAUUUAAAGAUGGAGGUCAGCGCUAUCGUAUGCUUUGCUCUCUGCUUUAUAUUAAUAAUCAUCUUUAUUUGGCUACCAGAAUCGCCGUAUUAUUAUGUCAAAAUGAACAAGGAAACAAAAGCGCGAGAAUCGAUACUUUGGUAUCACCGUGAUUGCGAUGUGGAAUCGGAGUUACAGGCGUUAAAAAUUUUCCUCGAGACGAACAAAAGUUUACCUUUCGUGGACGUUAUGAAAGAAUUCAAGAUUCCGUAUAUUUGGAAAGCGCAGGUACUCGUGUCACUUCUGUUCGUAUACCUUCAGAUGUGCGGCCUGAACAACGUGCUAUUUUACAUGGAGACCAUCCUGCGGAGCGCCAAAGUGACCGUUGUGGAACCGUCGAUAAUCGUGAUCGUCGUCACCGCUACCGGGAUCGUCGGUUCCAUAUUGUCCAUGUUCCUGAUCGAGAAAUUCGGCAGACGGAUUUUAAUGAUCGUGUCCAGCUUGGCCGUUACGACGUCGUUAAUCUGCCUGGGGACGCAAUUCCAAUUUCUCGACGCGGGCUAUAAUCCCGCCGAUCUUCAGGCACUACCGAUUUUCUCGGUGUUGCUUUUCCAGGUAUCCAUAUACAUCGGCAUCGUCUCGAUACCCAACACGGUAUUGGGUGAGAUCUUUCCGCCGCAUGUCAAGUGCGUGGCCGGCUGUUUAUCCAGUAUCGUCGGUGCGAUAUCUUCCUUCAUUUCCACGUCGACUUAUCAGCCUUUACUUAACUUGAUCACGGAAAAAUAUUUAUUUUACGCGUACGCUGUGCUAUUGAUAACCGCCGUACCGUACACCUAUUUCUGUAUGCUCGAGACUAAGGGUAAAUCGUUGCAGCAAAUCCAGGAAGAGCUGACACGGAAAAGUUGAGAUUUAAAUAAUAUUAUCAAAAUUGUCCUGUCCGUCCAGUAAGACGAAUUGGAAACUCGUAAUGGGACAAUGUGUUUUUCUCGCAUUCGUUAUAAGAGAUUUUUCAUCAUGGCACAUCGAUGUCGAUGCCGAAUAACGCUGACCGAUGACAAUCUAACAAAUUGCAAUCACAAUUGCAAUGUUUUCUUUCACUUUGUUGCUGACAAAGCUAGAUUAUUUCAGAGUAGCUAGAGUGUAAAUCAGAAAUUAAUUAAAUUGCGGGUUGGUGAGAAGCAUUCGACAAAUACACACAUAAGGAUCUAUUCAUGUCUACUCAUUGUAUAUUAUCUUUGCAUAUGCAUCGAACUGUAUAAUUUAAUAUUUUAUUUUAUUUAUACUACUGUACCAGGAUUACUUAAUAGAAAUCCAAUAGAGAUUAUAACAGAGAUCUCACGCCUGUUUACAAAAGUUUUCGAUUGUAUUAAUCGACAUAAUAGUGAAUGAUAAGUCGAUAGAAGAGUUAAAACACGUAUUUCGAACACGAGAAAUGAUUGAUUUUUAACUUCUUUGUAAAUGAGGUGAAUAUUAAUGUCAGAAAUGUUUUAUCAGCAACAUAACUAUUUACUGCAAAUUGUCAUUUUGCAAAGUAUUAGUGCUUAGAGGAGUGAUUUUGCGAGAUAAGAAACGCAUCUUUAAUCUUUAGUACAUGCUUUUCUCAAAUAUACGACACAAUGUACUGAAUCAAUAGUGCUAAAAGCAAAUGAGAUUUCAAAUGCGAAACGACUCUCGGAUUCUCGGAAGAUACUUCAAAAGUACUUUAGCGAAAAAGCUUACGCGUGAAUUUCACGCUAUAUGACGUAAUGUGAAAAUACUUCUUGCGAGCAGUUUGCAAAUUGAUAUCUCACCGAAAACUACCAUGUAUCAAUUUCGCGUGAGCUUUCGUCAAAUAGAAAUCUUGUAAUUAUAUUUCCUUCCCCGUAGCCCGUAAACAGGAUACCGUAACAUUGACGAUGGAAGACUUGGCCAGAUUCAUAUUUUACAGGACGAUAUUUCACUUGGACGAUCACCGGCGACAGCAUUAAAAGCGCAAUGGGGCCGUGACGUGAGGCUGUAAAUUCAACGCUAUCUUAUCUCGCACAGACCAUUGCCAAUGGCGCUUUAUAAUUUAUAUCAACGAA